AUGGCGGACGCCGCACCCACGUCCAAAACCGACCUCAAAGCGCAGAACAAGCAGCGCUCGCUGCAGUUUCGCGCGCAGCAUGGGCUUGUCGUGGCGUUUUUUCUUUUGAUCCUUGUCUUCCACGUCCUCUCCAUCUACCUCUUCCUCAGCGGCUUCCUCCUCUCGCGCCUCGUCCUCCAAGACCGCUCCGAAUGCGUCGUGCCUCCGAUCGAGCUCGAGAAUUACGUAUCUGGAUCGCAAGAGCGGGGAUGUUGGCAUCCCAAGUCGUUUGACAAGGCGGUGGUUAUUCUUGUGGAUGCGCUGCGGUAUGAUUUCACGGUGCCCUUUCAGCCGAGUCCUGGAGAUGCAGAGCCGCAUUACUUUCAUGACAACUUGCCCGUGCUGUAUGAGACGGCGAUCAAGGAGCCGAAGAAUGCGUUCUUGAGGCCGUUCAUUGCGGAUCCGCCGACUACGACGUUGCAGAGGUUGAAGGGGCUUACAACAGGGACGCUGCCGACGCUGAUCGAUGCGGGCUCGAAUUUUGCGGGCACGGCGAUUGAUGAGGAUAAUUUGAUCGAGCAGUUGUAUAAAGCUGGCAAGAAGGUGGUGCAUAUUGGAGACGAUACAUGGCAUUCGCUCUUUCCUGGAUACUUUGAGCCGAACCUAACGAGGCCGUACGACUCGUUCAAUGUGUGGGAUUUGCAUACGGUGGAUAACGGCGUCAACGAGCAUCUCUUCCCUUUGCUGGAGCCGGGGAUGGCGGGACGCUGGGAUGUGGCUAUUGGACACUACUUGGGUGUGGAUCAUGCGGGACAUCGGUAUGGACCGGAUCAUCCUGCUAUGGCGGAGAAGUUGAGGCAGAUGGAUGAGGUUUUUCGGAGGAUCAUUGAGAAGCUGGAUGAGAGGACGUUGCUGGUGGUCAUGGGGGAUCAUGGCAUGGAUGUCAAGGGCGAUCAUGGUGGGGAGUCGGAUAUGGAGGUGGAGGCUGCGUUGUGGAUGUACUCCAAAAAAGGGAGUUUUGGGAGGGAUGGCGAGGCUUCUCUCGCUCCUCCUGCGACUGCGAAGGAACGACCUGUUGCGCAGAUCGAUCUCGUUCCGACGUUGUCGUUGCUGCUGGGCAUGCCGAUUCCUUUCAACAAUCUUGGGCGACCUAUCGAGGAGGCAUUCCAUGGAUCGAGUAAACUUUUGCAACCGAAUUACAAGAAUCUGGCGGAAGUUAGCCGCUUGACUUCGGCUCAGAUCCAUCGAUAUCAAGGGGAAUAUGCCAAAGUUCGGAAGCUGGACGAGGAUGCUACGUCGGUCCCAGCAAAGCUUUGGCGAGCGGCGAACGAGAAGUGGAGUACUCUGUCAGGGAGCGAGAAGGCUCUCAAACAGGCGUACGAAGCUUUCACGCUGUAUCAAGCAGAGAAUUUGAGCAUUUGCAAGGCUCUGUGGGCUCGCUUCGAUCUCGUCAGCAUGUCGAUGGGUCUCAUCGCGCUGGUCGGCACGUUCGCGGUCAUUGUCAUGUACGCGCAGGGGGUCAGUGGUGAUCGAGCGGCACUUACUCCACCUCUACUCGGAUGGGGAUUGAUGGGCACAGCGGCUGGAGGACUGACUGGAGCGGCCUUGGGAACACUUCCAAUUGCCGCGAUGUCGACACUUACUGCAUUUGGAGCGGCUACAGGAGGCAUCGUUGCCGUGUUGCUUGGGUUCUGGCCUGCACGACCGAUUUUGACACUGCCCUUUCCGAGGACUUUCUGGGGCUGGUUGUGCUUCAUUUCGACGGCACUCUUGUGUGUUGGCUUUGGCGCCAACUCGUGGAUUAUCUGGGAGGAUGAGCAGCUCCUUUUCUUGCUGUCGACUUUUGCUGUCCUGAUGCUUGGGGCGUCACUGGGCCAGCCUGACAGGCAAGAUCAGAUUUUGGGGGCUGUCAACGCUGUUUCGUUUCUGGUGGCGACGAGGCUCAGUUCGCUCUCGAGACUUUGUCGCGAGGAGCAGGCACGGAAUUGUCGCUCGUCAUACUACGCUUCGGCGACGUCGUCGACUUCGGCGGCGUGGCAGCUUGCGAUACCAUUUGCGGUUGCGCUCUUACUUCCGACAGCGGUCAAGUAUUUCUUUGUCCGCACGAAGAACUAUCAUGGCUCUGCUGUCAUCUGGAUUGGCAUUGCCCUGCGACUGGGACUAAUUAUGGUCGCCAGCUUCUGGGCGCUCGAUUCUGCUGAUGAUGGCGAUUGGUUUCCAGAAGUCUCGAAAGAUACACUGAAGACUGCAAGAGUGAUUCUAGCACAAGUUGUUCUUGCAGUGGCUUUUGCGGCUGGCUAUGCAACAUACGUAUGGGCAUCACCAAUGCUUGCAGUCAAGACGGAAGAAGCAGCAGAGAAACCGCAAUCAACCUCGAAACCGAUCAACAACGAAGAUCCCAACGCGCCCAUCCUCACCACAAUCAACGAGGCACCGCAGCCUCGUUCCAAACUCAUCAUCUACGGCUACGCCAAUAGCCACGGCACCCGCUACUUCCUCCUCCCCUGCGCCUGGAUCCUCGCGCUCAUCCUAGUCCAAAAACCCAUGGGCCAAGGCGCGCUCGCCCUCUGCUUCAUCUCCAUCCUCAACCUCCUCGAAAUCCUCGACGCCAACAACCUCCGGCGCUCGCCCCUCAGCCCCAUCGUCCUCGCCCUCCUCGGCAUGUUCCACUUCUUCAAAACCGGCCACCAAGCCGCCCUCGUCACCAUCCAGUGGGACGUCGCCUUCAUCCCCCUCAAAACCCUGCAAUACCCCUGGGCGCCCCUCAUGGUCGUGCUCAACACGUACGGCCCCCAGAUCCUCUGCGCCAUCGCUGUGCCCACCAUCACGUUGUGGAAAGUGCCCCCCAAACAUCCGGGGUUACUCGGCCGGAUCGCGGGGCAGAUGGCGACGCAUGUGUUGUUUUAUGCGGCGGUUGCGGUGGCUACUGUCGCGGAGGCGGCGUGGUUGAGGAGGCAUUUGAUGUUGUAUCGGGUGUUUAUGCCGAGGAUGUUGGUCGCGGUGAGUGUGCUUGUGUUGGUGGAGUUUGUGAGUGCUGUGGUGGCCAUUGUCGGGGUGAGGUGGAGUAUUGUUAGUGUGGGGGAUGUUUUUGGGUGGCCGGAGUGA